AUGAAGCAUAUUUAUUUGUCUCCCUUUGCUCUUUGCUUCCUCCUCUUCGUCUUAAUAACUCCUACUCCUAACAACAGCAUUUCAACCCUUGAGGUUUCGACCAAAGAUAUAACAAACCGAACCUGCAAAAGGUGUGCGGAGGAUUCCACGGCCUUCAGCUAUGACUUUUGUAUAAGCUCUCUCCAAACAAUUCCUGCCAGCCAUGCUACAAACCUUCAUGGACUAGCAAUAAUCGGCAUGGAACUAGCUCUAGAAAAUGCAACCAACACCAUUUCAACCAUUAAGUACUUGUUGAGCAGUGGAACUUUUGACCGCUAUGCCUUGGUUCGCUUACGGGAUUGUCUGGAGCUAUAUACGGAUGCUAUAGUGACGAUAGUCGACGGUGUGGCAGCAUUUUUGACAGAACAUUACAGCGUUGCUGAAGUGAAGGUGAGUGCAGUUAUGGAAGCAUCAACGACAUGUGAAGAAGGGUUUGCGGAGAAGAAAGGAGUAGUUUCUCCGUUGACAGAAGAGAAUUUCAAUCUCUUCCAGUUAUCUGAUAUAUCUCUGUGUAUCAUUCACAUUCUCAGUCUAGUUGAAUAUUAA